AGCUUCCCUAAUUUAUCUAUAAAAGAAUGACGUCCGUAUUUCUCCAUCGGAUCACCAACGAGCUGCCUUCCAAUAUGUCCGACUCAACCACGGCCUCUCGAGCUCCACAACUACCGGGAAACAAACACCACCUAUGGCGGCCCUUCGCUUUCCUAUUGAUCUUGUUCCCCAUAUUACCCGCCAUAUUCCUCUUCCACCUCGACUCGCUUGACCCGGCUGAGCUGCCCCUCCAUGAGCUGACCGAUCGCCCGCCGGUGGUGGCUCAGAGGGUGAACAGCCACAUGCUGGAUGGGUCGGAGAGGCUUGGUGAGCCGAAACUGCCUGGCCCAGAGGAUAUUGCUUACGACCCUGAAUCAGGGAUCAUCUAUACGGGCUGCGCUGACGGAUGGGUCAGGCGAGUAAGGUUGAAUGACUCAACCGUGGAAGAAUGGGUCAACACCGGCGGCAGGCCACUCGGGCUCGUCCUCGGUCCUCACAAGGAAGUUAUUGUGACGGACACUGAAAAGGGGCUUCUCAGACUGAGUGAAAAUGGAACGGUGGAGCUGUUAACGGACGAGGCAGAGGGGGUGAAGUUCAAGUUAGCGGACGGCGUGGAUGUAGCAGAAGAUGGUACCAUAUACUUCACGGAUGCAUCUUACAAGUACGGCUUGAAUGAGGCUACCCGGGACCUUCUCGAGGGCAGGCCCCAUGGGCGACUCAUGAGCUACUGUCAGAAGACCAAGCAGACCAACGUGCUGGUUCGUGACCUCUAUUUCGCCAACGGAGUGGCCGUCUCGCCGAAUCAAGAGUUUGUGGUGUUUUGCGAAACUAACAUGAACAGAUGCAAGAAGUAUUACAUUAGUGGCAUGAAAAGUGGUACUGUCGAUGAGUUCAUCGACCAUUUGCCGGGUAUGCCUGACAACAUCCGGUAUGAUGGUGAAGGCCAUUACUGGAUUGCACUCACCAAAGGGAAUACGAACACCUUCACGUGGGAAUUGGUGUUGAAAUAUCCUUUUAUCCGAAAGGCACUCUGGAUCUUGCAGAAGUACCUGAGCCUUCCAUAUCAAGGGAACGGCGGAGCUCUCAUGGUUGAUCUGGAAGGAAACCUAAUCGCCCACUAUUAUGACUCCAGAUGUACAUUAGUCACUGGAUGCUUAAAGAUCGGGAACCAUUUGUACUGUGGUUCCCUUAUCCAUGCUUACAUUACUCGGCUCGACUUGACCCUACAUGGGGCCCUCUGAGUCGAGCAGGAAUGCUUCGGUCGGGUCUGGAUGCAGUUAUUAACAUAAGCACAAUAAUCGACUAAGACCUGCAUAAACAUAUAGUGGGAACUCCUUGUAUCGGGGUUCUCACUCUGUAAAAAUUUUGGGUAUUGUAAAUCACAAAUGGGAGCUUUCAUGGAUGUUGUGCCCCGUUUCUCGCUGUUUAAAACAAGCUACCAAGGGUCAUUGCUUUCUCCCUAA